AAUCCCUGCCGUACGUUUUAUUCAGAUUACAUCUGCCUAACUCUUUGCUGCCAGCCACUCUCCCUGCAUCCGUCGUUAUGAAGAAGAUCAUCACGGUGUUUGGAGCCACAGGUAAGUGGUAUUCCAGGAGAGGAUUAUGGGAAAGGUGGGGGCAGAUUUAACACAACUGAGCGAAUGCUGGGGACCGAAGUUAAAGGCUCAUUCCAAACCCUGAAAUCUGACUUCAGUGAUUUGAAGUGGUCAUGGUGCCUGUGUGCCGUGUUUCAUUGUGAAAUGCUACACGUAGUUUAACCCAAUUACUGCUGGAGGUGCAGUAUCAUUGGGGUGUAAUUAGCCGUCCUGCAACUAGAGUUGGCGAAUGUCCGUUCUGUUCAUAUUCCGAUACACAGAAUCUCCUUUAUUGACUAAGCGGAAUCGAAGUGACAAAGUUCUCCAUGCUUUGACUGGGGUGGGUGUAGUUAUCAUACAGUUGAGGUUUUACUAGUAGCAAUCGGCUGACGCUCCUGGCCAGUGGGGUACGGCAUCUGGCUUCAACACAACAGCAGAAGACUGUCAAUCCCUCGGUAGCAGAGGAGACCAGUGGCACGGCAAAGACCCAGGUAAAAGGGAAAACUGUUGCAAAAUGGCCUGCACCAUAACAACUACAGCCGGCCUUAGUGGUCGUUAUGUGUGGAGUAACUCUAACACACUUGAGUGAAUGCUUUGUUAGAUUAUUUAGAAUCUAAAUGACCUCACUAGAACUAAUUUCACGUUUCACCAAAACGAUAUAAACUUACAAGAAAUUCCUUUUUAUGUCCACUUUCUAAAAACUCCUGAAUUCCUUAACUGUGCAGAACCUUCAUUAGAUUAUCUCUUGCUUUAUUUUUUUUGCCCAUAUUUGUUUUAUUGGGAUUUGCUUUUUGCGGAGAUGUGCUUUAACUUUAAGGUUUCUCCUUUGCAAAGCUGCUUUACCUGCGUGCGUUUUUGGCAAGGAAGAUAUUGAACUUUCUUUUCUUCUUGCCCCACCCAGGUUGGUUUACUUUUACUGGCACACCUAAUCCAGCAAAAUGUGUUAUAGCUACAUUUUAAUCUAGAUUUUGUUUGGCACCCAAUAUGUGCGCCCUAUUCAAUCAUCUUCUAGAUGACCCUGGCAUGCCCUUCUCUUCGUAUCUCCAUUUUCAACAUGUCUUCUUAGUAAAUGCAGAUUUUUGAACUCUUGGCUGGGAGCCUUGAUGGCAUUUGCCCUAUCAUAUCAAUAUAGCUUUAUUAAAUGUCAUUAGCACACUUAUACAAGCCUAACCCAUGGACCAUCGUAACUUGGGUCUUCUCCGUUCUCUCCAGCAAUGGAUAGUAGCAGUUGUCCAUGUAGUAAGGAUACAUUAAAAAAAAAGAAAAUUUCAGACAAAGCAAGUAUAUCUAUUCUGCUUUAACUUGGAAAUAAACAAUCCAAAACUAGCAAAUACAGAACUUCUUGCAUCUUGAAGAUUUGUGGAGUGUUGAAAUGUUGCAACUCUGAUGAAGCCCCAAUAAAGGGAUAGAAACAUAGAAUGUGACGGCAGAUAAGAACCAUUCGGCCCAUCUAGUCCACCCAAUUUUCUAAAUACUAUAAAAUAUAAGGCUCAGGGUUGGCUCAUUGUACAGCGCCACAGAACAUGUUUGUACCUUAUAUUUAGUUAUUGUAAUAACGAUGCUCUAUUAUUUUCUACUAUAUAGGGAAGAAGGAGACACUUGAGUGUAUUAAGAUUAUUCAUUGGGAAAGUUUUUAUCGUUAUCUAUUAAAUCCUGCUACAUAAAAAAUCUCCCAAGUAAAAUUGUCAGCUGAAAGAGAUGCAUGGUGCAAUUGUUUUUUUUUUCUUCUUCUAAUUCUUUAUUUUUAAAGCUGGUAAUAAAAAAUGGGAUUACAAUAUGCAAAAUCUUGUGAAAAUACUCAUAAUUAAACUUUCUAUAUUUCACCAUUAAAAAAUAAAAUAAAACAAAAACCAUUAAAAAGAAAAAUGUAUAAUUAAACCAAUUCAGAUAUCGUCUACGGAUUCCACACUUAAUGAAGUCAAGUCAUGCUAACCUAUCUGUAAAACAAUAGUGCAUAGCUAACAGCCUCUUCUCUAUAUAUACCCUUAUUAUCAUUAUCACACACGAAUAAAAAAAAUAGGCUUGGCCUGCUUCCAAUAACAGGGGGAGCAAUACAUUUUUUUUUCUUUUAAAUGGUACAAUUGUUAAGUAAUUGCUUACCACAGAUUAGUUUAUAAACUCAUUUGUUUUUCGAUUUCUUUAAAUUUUUGUUGCUAGGGUUGUAAAUCGUCCUUCAUCUCAAACUCUCACAUUUGUACUUUUUUUUUUAAGGUGCCCAAGGGGGUUCGGUAGUGAAAGCUCUCUUGGAGGAUGGUACCUUCAAUGUCAGAGCUGUGACCCGGGACACCAGUAAGCCGGCAGCCGUAAAGCUGAGACAGGCCGGGGCAGAGGUGGUGUCUGCUGAAAUGGACAAUAAAGAGAGUCUGGAAGCUGCCCUUAGUGGCGCUUAUGGAGCUUUUAUAGUCACGGUUUGGGAUAAUUCCAAGAAGGAUAAGGAGUUCAAACAGGUAAAAACUUAACAAUAUUAUUUUAGUCCAAUUAUAAAGUAUUAAUUUGAUGUGUUUACUCAAUAAACAUCCCCAAUCCCGCCGACACCCACCAUUAUACACUACACAAAAAAGUCUCAUUCUUCAUUCCAUGUUUUUGUAUUAUAAUUUUAGCUCAGCAUAUACGCUUAUCUUAGAUCUUUAAUAAGAAUUAUCAAAGCAAUUUACCCGCAAGGAUGCAUUUAUAUUUCUCUAGUUUUCAACAACGACAUAGAACCUACAGCCACUUCAGUCCUAAUUAUAAAAAGUAUCGUCCAAAUAGGUUUUGAGUGAGAAUUUCCUUGUUUAGGUAAUGGUGGAUCUGGAAUUUUCGCUGCAGUUGUUACGUUGAGAACUGACCUCAAUCAACAGAGAAAUUGUAAAAAUAACUCUCAUUUUAUUUUUUAGGGCAAAAUGAUUGCAGAUUUGUCAAAACAUCUGGGCCUUAAACAUGUUGUCUUCAGUGGUUUAGAGAAUGUGAAGAAACUGACAGGUGGAAAGCUGGAAGUUCUCCAUUUUGACAGCAAAGGCGAGACGGUGGAAUACUUCAGAGCAAUUGAAGUCCCAAUGACCAGUGUUAGACUUCCCUAUUACUACGAGAACCUUCUGACAUCCAAGCCCAAAAAGUCGAUGGAUGGGUCAACCUAUCAUCUGUGUAAGAUAUCUCUUGAACUGCAUCACAAUUUUUAAACCCAUUGGGACAUGUGAUCCCAGCAGCCAAUACCAAAAUGGGAUUUCUGCAGUUAAGCAUUUUAUCACAUAGAUAAAGUUACUCUAAGUUAGUUCAACUUUUAUCAAAAGCAAAUAAACUACUGAAGAAAUUUAAAAAUUACCAAUAUAGCUUUUAUCAAGCUCUAUGAUAUUGCAAAUAAUAAUUCUAAUGCCAGGGCCACUUCAAGAAAAUUGCAUAAAGACCGAGAUAAGUUUGUAUUUUCAUCUAAAGAUGCGAUUCACCAAGUAUAUGAUUACAGGCCUCCCAAUGUGUGAUGUUCCAUUGGAUGGGAUGUCUGUCGCAGAUCUUGGUCAAGUGGUGGUCAGUAUCCUGAAGUGCCCAUCAAAGUAUAUUGGGAAAGACAUCGGGCUCAGUGCGGAGAAGCUAACGGUGGAGCAGUAUGCAGCCAUAAUGUCCAAGGUCACGGGCAAGACCAUUAAAGAUGCUAAGGUGAGCACUAAUAUAUUGAAAACUAGAAUACAAAGACUCAAAGCUGUUAAUGUGAAAAGUACAAUUUAUCAUUGUAUACCUAUUCCAAAUUUUUGUCAUACGACCAAAUGUUCCUUUCAGCUCAUGCAUGAGACAGAAGUCAAUUACCAAUUCUGUAACAGUUCCAACAACGCUCUAACCGUAGAACGGCUCCCGUUGAUUGUAAUCACUUACAGCACAAUAGCAGUUAUUCCAAUUUUUGGCACAGAUUAACCCCCUAAGGACCCAUGACAUGUAUGACAUGUCAUGAUUCUCUUUUAUCCCAGAAGUUUGGUCCUUAAGGAGUUAAGGUUCUUACUAUGAUAAAGCUACUUAUUAAAGUUUUAACAAUUAUCAGGGAAUAUUCAGGUAAAAAUAUUGCUUGUAUCUCCUACAGCUUUCUCCUGAAGAGUAUGAGAAGUUGGACAUCACAGCAGCUAAACAGAUGGCCAACAUGUUCCGGUUUUAUAUAAUGAAGCCCGAACGGGAUGUGUCGAUCACACAUGAACUGAACCCUAGAGUCAAGACAUUCCAGCAAUGGUUGGAAGAAAACAAAGCAGCUUAUGAGGACUUGUAAAGAAUGUUGUUGUUGUUGUUUUUAUUUUAAUUACUUACUUAAUCAUCUACUAUUUUUACAUUACUGGAAAUCUCCCUGAAUAGAAAAAAAAUCUCAAACACCUCUAUAUCCUGUUUCGGACAUUUGGGCCUUAAAAUGUAUUUGAAUAAGCCCCACUUGAAUUAUGAAAAGUUCUGUAAUAAAGAUAUGUCUG